CGUCAGGCUGCGUACCGUCGUUUCCACCUCCCCCAAAAUCGACUUCGUCAGUUGUCGUGGGCUCCCUUCGUUAUGUGCCAAUCCCAGCCCUAAUCUGAGACCAUAUAGAUGACUACAUCACGCAAGAGCAAGGCGCCGGAUCGAGGUAACACUUCCAAGUCUGCGACCAAGAGAAAGGUGCCGGACGAAGACCACCCUACAGCGCCGUCGGGAUCGAAGAAGAAGCCUCGAGUCUCCAUCGCCGAACUUUUAUCCUCCCGGCAGAGCAACGAUUCGAAUGAAGGUGACGGUGUUGUUGACUGGGACGACGACAGCAAUAGAAACAAGAAAGGAGCGGUCAGGAUGAACACCAGAGCUUCCCCGCCACCCAAGCAGCUGUCCAACAAGGACAUGUACACCUUCACCUCCUCCAAGUCGGCCACGAGCAACGUCGUCGACUUGACUGACUCCCCGGAGUCUCAGAAGAGAAAAGUGUCCUUCUCGUCAAACCCAAAGACGCCCUUCAAUCCACACCAAGGGCCUAAGAAGCUGGUGGUGAAGAACCUACGGACGGUCCCGAGGAUAGACCCUCAGCAGUACUUUGAACGCACCUGGGCGCAGGAGGACAAGGCAUUGGAUGCCAUCUUCAGGAACGAGAAACAACCAUACUCUCUGGAAGAGCUCUACAAAGGAGCCGAAAACGUCUGCCGGCAAGGCAAGGCCGCCGAACUCUAUGCCAGAUUAUGCCUAAAGUGCGAAACGCAUCUUGCGGACACGGUCAAAGACGGUAUUCGCCGUGAUCAAGCCAAUUCCUCCGAUAUCGAUGUUCUGCAGACUUUCGUCCAUGCUUGGGCGACAUGGCAGAAGCAGCUGCUCACGAUCCGUCAAGUCUUUUACUAUCUGGAUCAAACAUUCUUGCUGCGUUCGGCAGAGAACCCUAGCAUUACUGAGAUGGGGCUCCUCAAAUUCAGAUCUUGUGUUUUCCAAGAUGAAAUCAUCAAGCCCAAGGUCCUCAAGGGCGUCGUGACUCUGAUCGAUAUGGACAGAAGGGGUGGACUGAACGAAAAGGACACCAGUUUGCUGCGACAAGCCGUCGAUUCGUUACACGAGCUGAGCAUAUACUCUAGCGAUUUUGAACCUCUUUUCCAGUCAACGACAGAAUCAUACUUCCAGUCGUGGAAGGAAACGGACUCAAACAAGUCCGAUCUUGCAGCAUACGUGACCAACUGUUCCAAUCUUCUGGACAAGGAAAUGGCUCGAUGUGAUUUUCUCACCUUGGACCGAAGUACACGGGCUCAGAUUGGUAUACUCUUUGACGAAAUAUUGGUCGCAGAGGAAGUUAAUCUUCUCACAAGCGAGGACAGUAUUUUGGAUCUGCUAGAAGACGACAAAUUUGAAGAGGUUGGACGGCUCUACAUGCUUCUGCAGAGGAAGGAACGAGGUGAGACAAUAUCACCGACUUUCAGUAAAUACGUCGAGACCGAAGGUUCGGCGAUUGUGUUUGACGAAAAGCGAGAGGCAGAAAUGGUGGUCAGAUUGCUCGACUUCAAGCGACAAUUGGAUCGAUAUCUGAAGGAUUGCUUCCGAAACAAUGAGACGCUUGGAAACGUACUACACAAGGCAUUCGAGUCGUUCAUCAACAAGACCAAGAAAACUCAGUCGAAUUGGGACACGGAUAACAACAAGCCCGGUGAAAUGAUCGCCAAGCACGUCGAUCUCCUCCUCAAGGGGGGUGUCAAGGCGAUCCCCCGUCUCCAAACGCAGAAGUUAGACGCCUCGAAGGCGGAAGAAGAGCAUGACUUUGACGAAGGUGCCGCCGAUGAAGACGCCGAGAUCAACCAACACCUCUCCAACGCGCUGGACCUGUUCCGCUUCGUCCAUGGCAAGGCCGUCUUCGAAGCGUUCUACAAGAAAGAUUUGGCUCGACGUCUCCUCAUGGGCCGCAGCGCGUCCUUCGAUGCCGAACGGAACAUGCUUACACGUCUCAAGAACGAAUGCGGCGCCGCGUUCACCCACAAUCUCGAGUCCAUGUUCAAAGACAUGGACCUUGCGCGUGAAGAAAUGAUGUCGUACAACCAACUUCUCGACGACCGUGGAGCCAAGUCGAGCGGCCCAGACCUGCACGUCAAUGUCCUCUCGUCUGCGGCGUGGCCCACGUACCCGGACGUCAGCGUCAACGUCCCUCCCAACGUGGCCAAGGUCAUGGCGGAUUUCGAGACGCACUACAAGGCCAAACACUCUGGCCGCAAACUCACGUGGAAACACUCGCUCGCGCACUGCCAGCUCCGGGCCAACUUCCCGCGGGGCCGGAAGGAGCUGGUCGUGUCUGGAUUCCAAGCCGUGGUGCUGCUCUUGUUCAACGACGUCCCCGCCGACAAGCAUCUGACGUACACCGAGAUCCGGGCCAGUUCGGGCCUCGUCGACGCCGAGCUCAAACGCACGCUGCAGUCUCUGGCGUGCGCCAAGUACCAGGUCCUCAAGAAGCACCCGCGCGGCCGGGACGUCAACGAGACCGAUACCUUCACCUUCAAUGCGGCGUUUGUCGACCCGAAACUGCGCGUCAAGAUCAACCAGAUCCAACUCAAGGAGACCAAGGAGGAGAACAAGGAGACUCACGAGCGAGUCGCCGCCGACCGCCACUACGAGACCCAGGCCGCCAUCGUCCGCAUCAUGAAGAGUCGCAAGAAGAUUGGCCACAACGAACUGAUCGUCGAGGUCAUCAAGGCCACCAUGAGUAGGGGGGUCCUGGACCAGGCCGACAUCAAGAGGAAUAUCGAAAAAUUGAUCGAAAAGGAAUACAUGGAGAGAGACGAGGGUAAUACCUAUUCGUACGUGGCUUGAGUCGUUUUGUUGGGAGCGUUGGGACGAGUCCAACGGCGGCGGCGGCAGCAGCAGCAGCAGAGUCAUAGUCUUGUGGGAAUCGUAGAAACGGAACAGGCAUUUGGACGUUAUCGGAGGAUGAUUACCCAGUACACAGUAGAAUGACAAUGGAUGACAACAACGAACGCGAUUUGGGGCGGUAAAAUACUGGUUACUAGACAGCAGAACGCAUAGCAGGCCUGGCACCUCUUGAUUUCGAUUCGAUGGUGUCCUCGUAGUGGUUGGAAAUGGCGGCGAUUGUUAUAGUCAAUUCAGGGCUAUUUCAAUACGAAAUAAAAUGCGUACGCAGAC